GAUUCUCUAUAGUGAUAACAUUUAUUACUAUAUAUAUAACAGAAACAAUUAUCUAUUAUUUCUAUCCUUCAUCUGUGAUAAAGAAAAAAUUUAUAUUGUUUCAUAACGAAACAGUUAACUAAAAAUUAUUAUAUUAUUUUGUGAUAAUGAAACCAUAUUGUAAUUUGUAAGUUCAAUUUGAAUUACGAGCUUAAAAACAGUAUUAGGUACAAGAAUCGACAUUCAUUAAGAAUUGUGCCAUAAAAAACAAAAGCUUCGAUUAAAUAUAAAUAAUAAUAAAUUAAUCUUAAUGUUCUGCUGGAUUGACAAUCAUGACGCGACUAAGAGGCAGAGCCUCUUUAAUGAUCAUUAUAAUGAUCAGUUUUACUCUAUUGAUUAUUAUUUAUCAUAUUCUCGGUAAUGAGGUCAAGGACAUUACGUCCAAUAAAUUAAGUCCACGACUUAAAAUCGAAGAAGUUUAUCCAUUGAGUGAUCUCACAGAGAAUCCUCUUAGUAUUGCCAGAAAACAACAAAUAGAGGCUCAUAUAAUGGGAAAGUUAAAAAGUGGUGGAGGCAACAUAUUCGGUGAUUUCAAUUAUGGUAAAUCACGUAUAGAAGUUCCCUUGUUCAAAGGUCAUAAAAUUGUACAUUUGGAUCUAAAGGGUGCCCCUCCAAAAGCAAGUUAUUAUAAGUACCUGCUACGUUUGCUCAAAAAAUUAGGUGCCACUGGUAUACUUAUAGAAUAUGAGGAUAUGUUUCCUUUUGAAGGAAUAAUACAAAAUAUCAGUGCAGGUAAUUGUUAUACCAAGAGAGAUAUUACUAACAUUCAAAAAAUAGCUAAUGAGAAUCAACUCAUAGUUAUACCGUUGAUUCAAACUUUUGGUCACAUGGAAUUUGUUCUAAAACUAGAUAAAUAUAAAGAUUAUAGAGAAGUUUCACGUUAUCCACAAGUUUUAUGUCCUACAUAUAAUAAAACUCUUCCAUUGAUAUAUGAAAUGAUAGACCAAAUAAUAGAAGCGCAUCCUGAUAUAAAGCAUUUACAUAUUGGAGCUGAUGAAGUUUAUCAAAUAGGAGAAUGUUCUAGAUGUUCAGAUGUAAUAAUUAAAAAACAAUGGGGUAAAAAACAAUUAUUCUUGGAUCAUGUUUCAAAAGUAGCAAAGUAUAUAAAAAAUAAAUAUCCAGAACUUACAAUUCUUAUGUGGGAUGAUGAAUUUAGAGAAAUAUCAUCUGAAGAAAUAAUAGACAGAGGUUUACAUUUAAUGGUAGAACCUGUCGUUUGGAAAUAUACUACUGAUCCUGGAGUAUCAUUAACAGAUCAAUUGUGGGAAAGCUAUGCAUCAGUUUGGAAGAAUAUUUGGAUUGCUACAGCUUUCAAAGGUGCCACUGCACCAGAUAGAUAUUAUACAGAUAUUGCUUAUCAUAUAGAAAAUCAUCAACGUUGGUUAGAAAUUAUUAAUAGAUAUUCUACUCAGAUUAGAUUUAAGGGUGCAAUUUUAACCGGGUGGCAAAGAUAUGAUCAUUUCAGUGUACUUUGCGAACUUUUACCAUCUGCCAUACCCUCACUUGCUGUAAAUUUAGCUAUCUUACAAGCUCCAGAUUUAUGUAGAUUCCCAGUAGAAGUACCUACUCCAGUAUUACAAGCUUUACAAUGUGAGGGUAUUAUUUCUUUAAAUAUUCCAGAACCUCAAUAUGGUUGGACCAAAUGUAAUUACCACGGUGUAUCUAUUUAUGCUGCCACAUUGAGAUUGUUUUCUUUGACUCAAGAAGUCAAUAAAAUGGAACAGGAUAAUACUUUUAAAGGAUGGUUGAAAUCAUACAAUUUAAAAUAUGCAUUUUCAAAUCCUAGUCAUGUAGAAAGAGCAAUUGCUGAUUUGGAUAAAUAUAAGAUGGAAAUAAUGUAUAUUGAGAAAGAAAUAAGAUCAUCUAUGGAAAAUAUAUAUGAUAAUUAUACUAUACAAGAGUGGAUAGAAACAUAUAUUGACCCUUUAAAUGAAAAAUUAACUCAAUUAUGGGAGGCUAAAGAAAAAAUUUUAGAAAAGAACAUAUGGCCAAGAAGACCAUUAACAAAAUCUGAUUUAUAGUUAAAUGAUUAAUUUCCAUACAAUGUAAUAUGAGACUGAAGAUCGCACUAGAUAAACAAAGAAGCGAUAUAUUGAUCAAGAAUUUGGAAUUCUUCUUUUCUAAAGGAAUAAAUAAAUAAUCCAUAGUAUAUAGAAUCUAUAAAAUUAUAAUUUUGCACCAUAUGUCUAACAUAUAGGAUAUGCUCUAUAUCUCAAUUGAAGUGCAUCAAAUUUUAUCGACUGCACCGUCCGUAAAUUAAUAUCGUUCAUUUAUUUUUGAAAAAUGAAUUUUUUUUCUUAAUUUAUUUAAACAUUCGUAUAAAAGUUUUUAAUAAUUUAUAAUUGACAAGCGAACAAAAGUUUUCUAAUUAGCAUUUCUAGAAUAUGUAUAAUGUCAUAUAUAUAUAUUUAAUGAAGUUAAUUUAAGAAUUAAUUCCAAAGUUAAUUAAUUAUUUGAUUAUUAGUAAUAUCGUUUGAACAAUGAAAAAUAUUAUAUACUAUUUUAUAAAUAUCUAUAUCAUAUUAAUUCUCGACGAAAAAAAUUUAAAUUUUAACUUUAAUGCUUCCUAUGUAUAUUUUAUACGUUUUUCGAAAUGAUUAUUUUAAUACGCACAUAUUGCGAUUUUACUUAUUCUUAUUUGUUAAAUAUUCGUCUCGUUGUUGUAUGCGUUUUGUUUUGUAUGUUUAUGAUUUUAGUACAUGUAUUGUUUUGCAUGAUUAGUGCCAUUAAUAAUUAGAUAUAGAAAAAGAUCAAGUGAAUCAAUAGUUUAUAAAAAUAGAGAUACAUCUACAAUUUCUUUAACGCUCGAAUAAUUUUUCUCUCGACCUUUAAACUGUUAUAAUAUUUUACUUAAUCUUACAAUAUUUACAAUCAAUUACAGAACUUUUCUUAUAUCAUGAUUUCUUAACUAAUAAUUUUCAAUAUUAAAGAAUCUUUCCACAAGCAUUUAUAUAAAAUCAUCAAAGGUUCGAAUACAAACUCGUAACAUAUAUUCAACAGUAUAUGUACAUCAUUGUAAUGAAUAAUAUUACUAUUAUUGUAAAAGUAUUUUUAACAACGUUUGUUACGUUGAUCCAUAUUAUCGUAAGUAGUAAGAUCUUAUCGAUAAAUAAAUUUGUUUUUAAAUCUAUGAAGAAGA